UUAGCGGCGGGGCGGCGCCCUGACUGUCCCGGGACGGUGUCUCUCUGUGUCGGGGCGAUGUCGCGCUCGCUGCGGUUGCCGGCGCCGGGUCCCUGGGGAUUCAGCAUCAGCGGCGGCCGCGACUACCAGACACCAGUCGCCGUGUCCAAGGUGAUGUCGGGGAGCAAGGCGGAGCUGGGGGAGCUCCAGGUGGGGGAUGUGAUCACCGCCAUUAACGGGGCCGACACGUCGCUCAUGAUACACGUGGAGGCUCGGAACAAGAUCCGGAUUUGCCCCGGGGACCUCCUGCUGCACAUAGACAGGACUGAGUCCACUCUGCCCAACGGACCUGCAGCUGACUCCUUUGUUGCACAGAGGUUCCAGACUGUCCUCCACAUGAGCGAGAAUGAGGGCGCGGAGGCGGAGGACAAGGGAUCCUGGUCAUCGGGAGGGGGAGGGGGUCGAUCGUACACGCCCCCCGCCCGAUCCCACCCCCCCACCCACAGCUCCGGCCACAGAUCCGUGUCCCCGAAUCGCAGACCGCGGAAACCGAGCGAGAGGAGUCCGUCUCCUGCAGUGUCGAGGCUCAGUGUCAAGGAAGUGCAGUCGGGAAGCGGAGGACGCCGGAGCCUCUCCCCCCCCACCGCCCACCCGGAACCUCGGCUGACCCGCUCGGCAGACUCCAGCCCCUGGGGGACGAGGGGUCGCGCUGACCGCUCCCUCACCCCCAGCCCCGUGUUGGCCGGCCCUGGGUCACCUGUCCAGAGGGGUCUGGGCCGGGUGGACAAGGACUCUGAGGUCUACAAGAUGAUCCUUGAGAACCAGGCAGCGAAGGAGCCUCCGAAGCAGUCUGCUCGCUUCCGCCGCCUCCUACAGGAGGCCAUGGACAGUGGCCGGGAAGCUCCUGUGCCCCAGUUUUCCAGCGGGCUAGCCCCAUCUGCCCCCCGAUACACGGCCCCCAAACGCCUCGUGUGUGAGCAGUGUGGAUCCGUCAUCCUCACGGCGGCGGUGAAUAUUCAGGAGGGCCGCUAUCGCCACCACGAGUGCUAUGCCUGUGCGGACUGUGGCCUCAACCUGGGCAUGAGGGGCCACUUCUGGUUCAACGAGAAGAUGUUCUGUGAGAAGCACGCCUGCCAGCGCUACCAGGACCAGGCGGCAGAGAGCAGCUCCUGACCCCACCGUGACCCCCCCGCCCCAACACCCUCUGACCCCUGGCAUCCUCCCCCAUGACCCCGGCUGCGACCCCAACACCCUGACCGUGACCCCAGCGCCCUCUGACCCGCAACACCCUGACUGUGACCCCGGUCCUGAUCUCACCACCCGCUGACCCCAACACCAUCCCGGACCCC